AUGUCCAGAUGGGGAUCAGAGACAAGUUGUGUCCAUCAGGUGUCUGUACUGGGACCGGUGGUGUUUGGUAUCUUCAUCAGUGACAGAGACAGUGGGAUGGAGUACAGCCUCAGCAUGUUUGGAGAUGACAUCAAGGAAGUACUGUACUUAGAUGUGUUUGUAAGACAAGACAACUGGAACAACCCUGACUCUCUAAGCGAUGGGGCAGCUGCUGGCAACUACACCCACGCCAGCAGUGGGUACAGUGUUUACGAAGAAGAGAAUGACAGGUUAACGGAAAGCCUGCGUACAAAAGUCAGCGCCAUAAAAUCACUUUCCAUUGAAAUCGGAACCGAAGUCAAAAACCAAAAUAAAAUGUUAUCAGAAAUGGACAAUGAUUUUGACUCUACGGGUGGACUUCUAGGUGCAACUAUGGGCAGACUGAGAACACUCUCCAGAGGAAGCCAGACAAAGCUGUUAUGCUACAUGAUGCUCUUCUCAUUGUUUGUGUUUUUUGUAAUAUACUGGAUUAUUAAACUGAGGUGA